CGCCCGGCCGGGUCCCCGCCCCUUGGCUUGCCGCUCCGCCCCCGCGGGGCGUCCCGGGCCGCUAGUUCCCUCGGCGGCGGCCGCGCGCGGCCCGGGGUCGCCAAGCCAAGCAGCAACAGCCCUUGGAGAGAGACUAAGUUUUCUUGACUUCCACAGUGACAGAGAGUUUGUGAACGUUGGUACUUCUUGGCCUACGCUGCCAUCGUCCUACCACCCAGCCCAAGACAGCCCAGGCUGGACAUUAGUGCCUCCCUGUUUAUUCCUCUGUGAUCAUCCAGAUCAGCACCUGACUGUUUAUUUUCAAAUCUCACAAACACAGCCGCCAGAUCUUCAUAUUCUGGUUCUCGGCUGCUCUUGAAGGACAGUGACUUGUUACCACCACAACAGCAGAGCCUGCCUUCCUCAGCAGAUCUCCAGUCAGCCCCUGACAUCUCCCCCUCCCUCCCUUGUCUCCCUUUGUGGCCUCCUAAAUGCCCAUCUCGUUGGCCUGGGUUCAACUGGUGGUAUGGAGGGGUGCUGCCUAGCACUGACCUGGGAGUGUGUGUGACCCACUGACCCAAUGGACAUCAAAGGCCAGUUCUGGAAUGAUGAUGAUUCGGAGGGAGAUAAUGAAUCAGAGGAAUUUCUCUAUGGAGUUCAGGGGAGCUGUGCAGCUGACUUAUAUCGACACCCACAGCUUGAUGCAGACAUUGAAGCAGUGAAGGAGAUCUACAGUGAAAACUCUGUAUCCAUCAGAGAAUAUGGAACUAUUGAUGACGUGGACAUUGACCUCCACAUCAACAUCAGCUUCCUCGAUGAGGAAGUUUCUACAGCCUGGAAGGUCCUCCGGACAGAACCUAUUGUGUUGAGGCUGCGAUUUUCGCUCUCCCAGUACCUUGAUGGACCGGAACCAUCAAUUGAGGUUUUCCAGCCAUCAAAUAAGGAAGGAUUUGGUCUGGGUCUUCAGUUGAAAAAGAUCCUGGGUAUGUUUACAUCCCAACAAUGGAAACAUCUCAGCAACGAUUUCUUAAAGACCCAGCAGGAGAAGAGGCACAGCUGGUUCAAGGCAAGUGGUACCAUCAAGAAGUUCCGAGCUGGCCUCAGCAUCUUCUCACCCAUCCCCAAGUCUCCGAGUUUCCCUAUCAUACAGGACUCCAUGCUGAAAGGCAAACUGGGUGUACCAGAGCUUCGAGUUGGACGCCUGAUGAACCGUUCCAUCUCCUGCACCAUGAAGAACCCCAAAGUAGAGGUGUUUGGCUACCCUCCCAGCCCCCAGGCAGGUCUCCAGUGCCCCCAGCACGUGGGCCUCCCUCCCCCAGCAUGGACCUCUCCUUUGGUCAGUGGUCACUGCAAAAACAUCCCCACUCUGGAAUAUGGAUUCCUUGUCCAGAUCAUGAAAUAUGCAGAGCAGAGGAUUCCAACGUUGAAUGAGUACUGCGUGGUGUGUGAUGAGCAGCAUGUCUUCCAGAAUGGGUCCAUGCUCAAGCCAGCCGUCUGUACUCGUGAACUGUGCGUUUUCUCCUUCUACACCUUGGGAGUCAUGUCCGGAGCUGCAGAGGAGGUGGCCACUGGAGCGGAGGUGGUGGAUCUGCUGGUGGCCAUGUGUAGGGCAGCUUUGGAGUCCCCUAGAAAGAGCAUCAUCUUUGAGCCUUAUCCCUCUGUCGUGGACCCCACUGACCCCAAGACUCUGGCCUUUAAUCCUAAGAAGAAGAAUUAUGAGCGACUUCAGAAAGCUCUGGAUAGUGUGAUGUCCAUCCGGGAGAUGACCCAGGGCUCAUAUCUGGAAAUCAAGAAGCAGAUGGACAAGCUGGAUCCCCUGGCCCAUCCUCUUCUGCAGUGGAUCAUCUCUAGUAACAGGUCACACAUUGUCAAACUACCUCUCAGCAGGCAGCUGAAGUUCAUGCACACCUCACACCAGUUCCUCCUGCUGAGCAGCCCUCCCGCCAAGGAGGCUCGGUUCCGGACCGCCAAGAAGCUCUAUGGCAGCACCUUUGCCUUCCAUGGGUCCCACAUUGAGAACUGGCAUUCGAUCCUGCGCAAUGGGCUGGUCAAUGCAUCCUACACCAAACUGCAGCUGCAUGGAGCAGCCUAUGGCAAAGGCAUCUACCUGAGCCCCAUCUCCAGUAUUUCCUUUGGAUACUCAGGAAUGGGAAAAGGACAGCACAGGAUGCCCUCCAAGGACGAGCUGGUCCAGAGAUAUAACAGAAUGAAUACCAUCCCUCAGACCCGAUCCAUUCAGUCAAGGUUCCUGCAGAGUCGGAAUCUAAACUGUAUAGCACUUUGUGAAGUGAUUACAUCUAAGGACCUCCAGAAGCAUGGGAACAUCUGGGUGUGCCCUGUGUCCGACCAUGUCUGCACACGGUUCUUCUUUGUAUAUGAGGAUGGUCAGGUGGGCGAUGCCAACAUUAAUACUCAGGACCCCAAGAUACAGAAGGAAAUCAUGCGUGUGAUCGGAACUCAGGUUUACACAAACUGAGGGGGCCCCAGCCCUCGUACCACCCCCGUUCCCCCAGGAUCCAUCUGCCCUCAUAAAAGGGCUCAGGAGCAGCAACGAGGCUGCCCUGAGGAAUCAAGAGGCCAUUACCAAGGGGCAGGAAAAGGAUAGAAGAGGCGGCCUUCAUGGUGGAGACUGACCCAGGAACCACUCCACAUUUGGAUGGCCCAGACUGACUCCCUACCCAAUUUUCCCAGUUGACUUCACCCUGUUUGUAAAUAAAACAAUAAAAUGGA